AUGGGUAAUGAUACAUCCUUUCCAGAACUGUGCUCUACGUUUGACGUUGAGGAGAUCAAGCGGUUAGGUAAACGCUUCAAGAAACUCGAUCUUGAUGGGUCUGGCUCUCUCAGUGUUGAAGAAUUCAUGAGUCUUCCCGAGCUACAGCAAAAUCCCUUGGUUGCACGUGUUAUUGAAAUAUUCGACACCGAUGGAAACGGCGAAGUGGAUUUCAAGGAAUUCAUAGAAGGAAUGUCCCAGUUCAGUGUAAAAGGCAACAAGGAGGCCAAGCUUAAUUUUGCGUUCAAAAUUUAUGAUGUCGAUAAAGAUGGGUACAUAAGCAAUGGCGAACUAUUUCAGGUUCUGAAGAUGAUGGUGGGCAAUAACUUGAAGGAUGCACAAUUACAGCAGAUUGUUGAUAAAACCAUAAUGUUUGCUGAUCAAGACGGAGAUGGUCGCAUUUCAUUCGAGGAGUUUUGUCAAGUUGUGAGUGGACUAGACGUGCACAAGAAAAUGGUGGUUGAUGUGUAG